AUGACUUCAUCGUCUAUUUCUCCAUAUGCUCUCACGAGCAAUGAUAAUCCAGGUAAUCUAUUAACUCAUACUCAAUUGAAAGGGCCUAAUUUUGAAGAAUGGGUAAAGGCGAUCAAAGUCUCAUUACGUGCAAAGAAGAAGAUGGGUUUUAUUACUGGAACAAUCAAACAACCUACUAAUGAUUCGGAAGAGAUAGAGGACUGGUGGACAGUCAAUUCCAUGAUAAUUUCUUGGAUCUUCAACACGAUCGAACCAAGUUUAAGGUCUACGAUAUCUUAUAGAGAAACUACAAAGGAAUUAUGGGAUGAUAUACAACAAAGGUUUUUGGUGAGAAAUGGUGCGAGAAUCCAUCAAUUGAAGACUGAAGUUGCAAACUGCAAAGAAGGAAGUGACUCUAUCAUGUCCUUUUAUGGAAGGAUUAAAAAAUUGUGGGAUGAUCUUAACGACUAUGAUCAAAUGCCUUUGUGCACUUGUAACGAGUGCAAUUGUGAUAUCAAUGCUAAAUUGACAAAGCGUAGCGAAGAAGAAAAAGUUCAUCAAUUUCUGAUGGGAUUGGAUGAUACGCACUACAACACAAUAAGAUCAAACAUUAUUGCGUCUGAUCCCUUGCCGAAUAUGAAUAAUAUCUAUUCAAAAAUCACUAAGCAGGAGCAAGUUAGAGUCAUGACACAGGGCGGCGGUGAGCGGCAUGAAGCUAUGAGCCUUGCAACAAAGAAAUCAAGGGGGGGAUCGGGGAGAAGAGGUGCUCAAGUGGGAAGAGUAGGGCAAUUGGCAAAGGUAAAUGCUGCUCAAAUUAAUCGACCCAUUUCAUCCACCAAUACAAUUCGUGAUGCUGACAAAGUUGGACUUGAAGAUCUUAAAAGUGAAGAUUGGGAAAUUCUGAAGUCUCUAUGGAAUAAUCACAAGUCCACCUCAACGAAUCGAUUAACCGGUAAGAAAUCAUUUCAAUGGAUUUUUGACACGGGAGCUUCACAUCAUAUGACUGGAGAUAUUGGAUUGCUCUGUGAAUGCCGGGACAUUAACCCUUGUCCUGUUAUCAUGCCAAAUGGAGAGAAAGUGUUAGCUACUAAGGAGGGUUCAAUAAAACUAGGACAACUAUUUCUAAAGGGUGUUCUAUUUGUCAACGCGUUGGAUUGCCAUUUGGUCUCGGUAUCUAAAUUAUUGGGUGACACAAAUUAUAUCUUGAAGUUUACUGAUCGUAUGUGUGUUGUCAAGGACCGCAUUUCGAAGAUGCUGAUUGGAGUGGGUAAAGAACAAGGUGGACUAUAUCUGGUGCAGGAUAUGCUUUUGGCUCGAACAAAAUAA